UUCAGAGAAUUUAAACACACCAGUACAACACAGAAGACUAUCUGUGUCAAAUAUUAGUUGAACCGUAAACAGCAUGGCGGGAAAGAAGAGACUUGCAAAGGCGACCAUGAUAUCGUAUAUCUUUGAUAAGGCUGAAGAGGAUGCUGAGAGAGAAGCUGAAAUCCAGGAGAAGAGGAGGACGAGGUCAGUCUGGGUAAAGCCUUGGUUAAUGGCACGAGAGACAAGGGAUUACACAGUCUAUCCGGGAAUUGAGGAAGAUCCUGUGAAGUUCAAAGAGUCCUUCCGGAUGAAUCAGGAUAUGUUUGAGUUUAUAUUAUCACGAAUUAAGGAUAAGAUCAGUAAACAAACUACUUCAAUGCGGACACCAAUUCCAGCUCGUCUCCGUCUCCAAGUUACCUUGAGAUUUCUUGCUGCUGGAUGCAGUUUUAAAGUCCUUGAAGAGGCAUUUAGAAUUAGUUAUUCUGCCAUCUCAAUGAUCGUGCCUGAAGUGUGCGACGCCAUCUGGUCCGAGCUCUCAGCAGAGCAAAUCAAAUGCCCCCAAUCAGAAGAAGAAUGGCUAACAAAGGCCAAAGCCUUUGAAACCAAAUGGGAUUAUCCCUUUGGGCUUGGUGCCCUUGACGGUAAACACUGUCUUGUCAAAGCGUAUGGGAACUCGGGAUCUCUCUUCUACUCCUAUAAGCAAAGUUUCAGCAUCGUUCUCUUGGCUCUUGCUGAUGCGGACUACAAGUUCAUUUACGUAGAUAUUGGUGCUCCAGGAAGUGGAAACGAUGCUGGAGUCAUGCAAGUGUCUUCUCUGAAUGAAGCAUUACGUUCAGGAGCCCUUAAUUUGCCCAGCUUACCUCAUUACAUUGGAGUGGAGUACCAUCUAAUUGGCGAUGACGCCUUUGGAUUCACAACUCGACUUGUUAAACCGUAUCCAUCUAGAGGUCUUACUGCUGAGCAAAGAAUUUUCAACUACCGUUUGUCACGGGCUCGGAGAGUAGUUGAGAAUGCUUUUGGAAUAAAGUCCAGCAAAUUCCGGAUACUUCGAACACCCAACCAUCAAUCUUAUGAUAAUUGUGUCAAGACAAUUAAGGCAACAACUGUUUUGCACAACCUACUACUGGAGAAGCAUGAAUUACCUGACGGAUUUAUGGAGGAAACGACCUCAACUUUCGGCCAACCUGUUGUAUCUCUUCCAGGUAAUAGAGUUGGCAAUAGAGAAGCCAGAGUUCAGCGUGAUAAAAUGGCAAAGUACUUUUUCUCUGGUGAUGGACAAACUCAUUUUCAAUGGUCAAAAGCAUUUCACCCUUAGUGUUUAUCCAAGCCGGUUAACUUGCUAAUAAACCUCUUUUUA